UUUUUUCUUUUCUUCUGUUUUCUUUAAACAUCAAAGAUGGCCAGAACAAAACAAACUGCUCGUAAAUCAACUGGUGGUAAAGCACCCAGAAAGCAACUUGCCACUAAGGCUGCCAGAAAGUCUGCCCCUACAACAGGUGGUGUCAAGAAGCCUCAUCGUUAUAAGCCUGGUACUGUUGCUCUUCGUGAAAUCCGUAGAUAUCAGAAAUCUACUGAACUCUUAAUCCGUAAACUUCCUUUCCAGCGUCUUGUUCGUGAAAUUGCUCAAGAUUUUAAGACUGACUUGCGCUUCCAAUCUUCUGCUAUUGGUGCUUUGCAAGAAGCUGCGGAAGCUUAUCUUGUUUCACUCUUUGAAGAUACUAAUCUUGCUGCUAUUCAUGCAAAGAGAGUCACUAUUCAACCCAAGGAUAUUCAAUUGGCUCGCCGUCUUCGUGGCGAACGUUCUUAAGUGUAUUAAACUUGAUUGUACAAGGAAGAAUGCCUGCCUUUUAAAUAAAGAAAUCAAUUUGUGUUGAUUUGUAAACAACGUCAUAUUUUGAUAUGAUUUUAAAUAACCGAACACAUGUACCA